AUGUCUACGACUGCCACUACACCUCCCAUAUACUCGGACUCUCCUCUGGCAUUGAUCGCCACCCCACAGUUCGAAACAGGCAAGGAUGACCCUUUCACCGUUGAGGCUUCCCACAUGGCUCUGAGUCACAAUGCCUUCAUCCGCGGCUUCAAUAGCAUAUAUCAGACAGCGCCCCGGCUCACUCUGCUCGCUGAUAAGAAGGACUUUGUCGGCUACUGUCUAGCUUGGGUUGACUGUGUCUCUACGCACCAUCACUACGAAGAAACGGAGCUUUUCCCUAAUAUCAACAAGAAUGCGGGUCAGACGGGCUUGAUGGCUGGUGCGGUUCACGAACAAGAACUGUUCCAGGGUGGAAUGGAAAAGUUCAGGGGCUAUCUCGUGGAAAAAGCUGAGAAUUUCAAGAGCGACGAGCUGAUUUCAAUCAUGGAUUGCUUCAAAGAGCCGCUUUGGAACCACCUCAAGGCUGAACCACCGCCAUUGUCGCUCUUGCGAAGUAAGAAACAGGUUGGUUUGAGCAUCAUGUUCAACAUCCUGCCCGUGUUCUUCUUGAACAUGGAAACUGUUCAGUUUGAGGGUGGCAUGUGGCAUGAAGUCUUUCCGCCUCUAAAAGGCCUAGGUAGGACGGUGAUGAACAAGGUCGUGCCAAAGUGGCAAUCAGGUCAGUGGCGUUUCUGUAGCUGCGAUGCUGACGGUAAAGUCAAGCCGCUAGCUGUCUGA